AAACCGUUGAAGGAAGCAGCAAAACCCUGAUCCUUCAUUGCAAAAACAAGGACGAGUAAGAAGAGUUCACUACCCUACUUGACGGCGCGUGCUGAAAUCGAACCAGCAGCAUCAACAAUGGAGGAAGUUUGCGAAGGCAAGGACUUCGCAUUCCCAAAGCAAGAAGACACCAUUCUCGAAUUCUGGACCCGAAUCGAUGCCUUCAAAACCCAGCUCUCCCUCACCAAGGACAUGCCGGAGUACAUCUUCUACGACGGCCCACCCUUCGCCACCGGCCUCCCUCACUACGGCCACAUCCUCGCCGGCACAAUCAAAGACAUCGUCACCCGCUACCAGUCCAUGACCGGCCACCACGUCACGCGCCGCUUCGGCUGGGACUGCCACGGCCUCCCCGUCGAGAACGAGAUCGACAAGAAGCUCGGAAUCAAGAAGCGUGAGGAUGUGCUCAAAUUAGGGAUCGGUAAUUACAACGAGGAGUGCCGCAGCAUCGUCACGCGAUACGUUUCUGAGUGGGAGGCUGUUAUCACGCGCACUGGUCGAUGGAUCGAUUUCAAGAAUGAUUACAAGACCAUGGACCUUAACUUCAUGGAGUCUGUUUGGUGGGUCUUUGCUCAGCUCUAUGCCAAAAACCUUGUCUAUAAAGGUUUCAAGGUCAUGCCUUAUAGCACCGGCUGCAAAACCCCGCUCUCGAAUUUCGAGGCUGGUCAGAAUUACAAGGACGUGUCUGAUCCUGAAGUGUAUAUGACGUUUCCAGUUGUGGGUGAUCCAGAUGGUGCAUCUUUUGUAGCUUGGACAACCACUCCAUGGACACUUCCUAGUAAUCUUGCUCUCUGUGUCAAUGCUAAUUUUACCUAUUUGAAGGUGCGGAAUAAGUAUUCUGGUAAAGUUUAUGUAGUUGCUGAAUCGCGGCUGUCUGUUCUCCAUAACCCUAAACCCAAAGAGGCUGUUGCGAAUAAUUCAGUUGACGCCCCUAAAAGUAAAAAUGCAAAGGUCAAGGGAUCUGCAGGUGGAAAGGCAGACAAUGUGUUGGAUUCUUUUGAAGUGUUGGAGAAAUUCUCAGGGGCUACAUUAGUGGGGAAGAAGUACGAACCAUUAUUUGAUUUCUUCAAAGAGUUAUCGGAUACGGCUUUUAGAGUUGUUUCCGACAAUUACGUCACGGAUGAUAGUGGUACUGGAAUUGUCCAUUGUGCCCCUGCUUUUGGUGAAGACGAUUUCCGUGUUUGCAUUGAAAAUCAAAUUAUUAGCAAGGAUAAUGUAACUGUAGCUGUUGAUGAUGAUGGCUGCUUUACUGACAAAAUUACUGACUUUAGUGGGAGCUAUAUCAAACAGGCUGACAAGGAUAUCAUUGAAGCAGUAAAGGCAAAGGGUAGGCUGGUUAAGUCUGGAGCUUUUACACAUUCUUAUCCAUACUGUUGGAGAUCUGAUACCCCUCUCAUCUACAGAGCUGUUCCAAGCUGGUUUGUCAGAGUGGAGUUGUUGAAAGAGCAAUUGUUGGAAAACAAUAAGCAAACUUACUGGGUCCCUGAUUUUGUCAAGGAUAAGAGGUUUCACAAUUGGUUGGAAAAUGCUAGAGAUUGGGCAAUUAGUCGUAGUAGAUUUUGGGGGACCCCUCUCCCUAUAUGGAUUAGUGAGGAUGAGAAAGAAAUAGUAGUCAUUGAUUCUGUUGCAAAACUUGAAGAACUUUCAGGUGAAAAGGUGUCUGACCUUCAUCGGCACAACAUUGAUCAUAUUACAAUUCAAAGUGAAAGUGGCCGUGUGCUUCGACGUGUUGAUGAUGUGUUUGACUGCUGGUUUGAGAGUGGAUCCAUGCCUUAUGCAUAUAUCCAUUAUCCUUUCGAAAACGUUGAGCUGUUUGAGAAGAAUUUUCCUGGUCAUUUUGUUGCUGAAGGGCUGGAUCAAACCCGUGGUUGGUUUUAUACCCUAAUGGUGCUGUCUACAGCAUUGUUUGGUAAGCCUGCCUUUAGGAAUCUAAUUUGCAAUGGGCUUGUCCUGGCUGAAGAUGGGAAGAAGAUGAGUAAAAGCCUGAAAAAUUAUCCUUCGCCAAUGGACGUUAUUAAUGACUAUGGAGCGGAUGCCCUGCGAUUGUACCUUAUCAACUCUCCGGUUGUGCGUGCUGAGCCACUUCGUUUCAAGAGAGAAGGAGUUUAUGGUGUUGUUAGGGAUGUUUUCCUUCCCUGGUAUAAUGCAUAUAGGUUCCUUGUUCAAAAUGCAAAGAGGCUUGAAGUUGAGGGUCUUGCACCAUUUGUCCCCUUUGAUCAGGCCACACUUCAGAAGUCAUCAAAUGUUCUUGAUCAGUGGAUCAACUCUGCUACACAAAGCCUUGUUCAUUUUGUCCGACAAGAAAUGGAUGGUUACCGCCUUUACACGGUGGUUCCUUAUCUUCUGAAGUUUCUUGAUAACCUUACAAAUAUAUAUGUACGGUUCAACCGUAAGAGACUUAAAGGUCGUACUGGAGAAGAAGACUGCAGGACAGCACUCUCAACUCUUUACAAUGUGCUUUUGUUAUCAUGUAAAGUGAUGGCUCCUUUUACACCUUUUUUCACUGAGGCACUCUAUCAAAAUAUGCGAAAGGCUUGUAUUGGAUCUGAGGAGAGCAUACACUAUUGCAGUUUUCCUAAGGAAGAAGGCAAGAGGGGGGAACGAAUUGAGCAAAGUGUUUCAAGGAUGAUGACAAUAAUUGAUCUUGCCCGAAACAUUCGUGAGCGUCAUAACAAGCCUCUUAAGACUCCACUCAGGGAAAUGGUGAUAGUGCAUCCUGAUGCAGACUUUCUUGAUGAUAUAAAUGGAAAGUUGAGGGAGUAUGUGCUGGAGGAACUCAAUAUACGAUCCCUAGUUCCAUGUAAUGAUACUUUAAAAUAUGCAUCUUUACGUGCUGAGCCUGACUUUAGUGUUUUAGGUAAGCGACUAGGAAAAUCUAUGGGCAUUGUUGCCAAAGAAAUCAAAGCAAUGUCACAGGAACAAAUUUUGGCUUUUGAGAAUGCUGGGGAAGUCACCAUUGCAAAUCACUGUUUGAAACUGUCUGAUAUUAAGGUUCUCCGUGAUUUCAAACGACCUGAUGGUUUAACUGAGAAGGAGGUUGAUGCUGCUGGAGAUGGUGAUGUUUUAGUGAUAUUGGACUUGCGUUUCGAUGAGUCAUUGUUUGCAGCUGGUGCUGCUCGAGAGAUUGUUAACAGAAUUCAGAAGUUACGGAAGAAAGUUGCUCUUGAGCCAACUGAUACAGUGGAGGUUUACUUUGAAUCAUUGGAUGAAGAUAAAUCAAUCUCUCAGAGAGUUUUGCACUCACAGGAGUCCUAUAUCAGAGACGCUAUUGGUUCUCACUUGCUUUCAAACUCUCUGAUGCCUAAUUAUGCAGUUGUCAUCGGUGAAGAGAGUUUCCACGGGAUUUCCAAUAUGUCAUUUAGUAUCACAUUGGCAAGACCUACAUUGAUGUUUAACCAAAAUGCGAUUCGUUCACUGUUUACAGGUGAAGAAAAAUUUACAGACAAUUUACAAACUUACCUGCUAUCUAGAGAUCAUUCAAAUUUGAAAUCUGAGUUUCAAUCCGGAAACGGAAAGAAAUUUGUAGACUCAAUUGAAGGACACCCUGCUGUUGAAGUGGUUCUCGGUGAGCAUGUAUUUCUCAGUGUAGGGGAUUACUACCUUGCGACAAAAUCUGACUAAUUUGGUUCAAGGGAACCCUUUUUGAUCCAUGUAUUUCUCGGUGAGCAUGUAUACUUUUUUGAUAUUUGCAGCAGGUCUGCCUAAUUGUAUUGAGUGGACAAUUGAGGAUCAUUAUUCUUUUUCUGUAUAGAGAAUCUCACGUCUUAUUUAAAGAUGAUAAGUUUCUGAAUGGAAUUCUAGAUGAUAUAAGGGCAAAAUUUUGUAACUUAUUGGUUUA